CCCCGCCCCCGUGACCCCGCCCCCCUGUGUCUCCCCCCAGGGCUGUACUACGUGGACAGCGAGGGCCAGCGCGUGGCGGGCGCCGCCUUCGCCGUGGGCUCGGGCUCCUCGUACGCGUACGGCGUGCUGGACCGCGGGCUGCGGCGCGAGCCGCCGGCCUCGCCCGGCGCUGCCUGCGAGCUGGGCCGCAGGGCCAUCUACCACGCCGCCAGGAGGGACGCCUACUCCGGGGGCACGGUCAGGG